CCAGGUUCAGCAGUCAAGCCCUCCCGAUUGCCCAGCCCAGGCUCCCGCCCACCCCCUACCACUACGAUGGCUGAAGAUGCGGACAUGCGCAAUGAGCUGGAGGAGAUGCAGCGAAGGGCGGACCAGCUGGCUGAUGAGUCGCUGGAAAGCACCCGUCGUAUGCUGCAGCUGGUCGAAGAGAGUAAAGAUGCUGGUAUCAGGACUUUGGUUAUGUUGGAUGAACAAGGAGAACAACUCGAUCGUGUCGAAGAAGGCAUGAACCAUAUCAACCAAGACAUGAAGGAGGCCGAGAAAAAUUUAAAAGAUUUAGGGAAAUGCUGUGGCCUUUUCAUAUGUCCUUGUAACAAGCUUAAAUCCAGCGAUGCUUACAAAAAAGCCUGGGGCAAUAAUCAGGAUGGUGUGGUGGCCAGCCAACCUGCCCGUGUGGUGGAUGAACGGGAGCAGAUGGCCAUCAGUGGUGGCUUCAUUCGCAGAGUAACAAAUGAUGCCCGAGAAAAUGAAAUGGAUGAGAACCUGGAGCAGGUGAGCGGCAUCAUUGGAAACCUUCGUCACAUGGCCCUGGAUAUGGGCAAUGAGAUUGAUACACAGAAUCGCCAGAUUGACAGGAUCAUGGAGAAGGCUGAUUCCAACAAAACCAGAAUUGAUGAGGCCAACCAGCGUGCAACGAAGAUGCUGGGGAGUGGUUAAAUGAACCCAUCUGAAUUCUCUUCUAAUGCUGUCAAGCAAGAUAGCAACUUCAUGCUUUUCUCAUGGUAUUACAUAGUAGGUCUGCACAUACCCAUCUGCCCGUCCUCCUUGUGAAUGUUGUCCUGUGUUAUCCAUCAGCUCCCAACAACACUAUGUGUCUUUUGUUCUCUCUGGGUCUCUUUCUUUCCAAAGGUUAUAGAGAGUGGACAUUUGGUGGCUCGAGUUCCCUACGUUACAAAAUCUUUGAUUUUAUUUUUCCUUUAGUCCCCUCAGUGGCGUUUGCUGAGUGACAACAAUUUAGGAAUGCUCAGUGUGCUGUUGAUUCCCUCAAUACACAGUAUUGUUCGUGUAAAACUGUGACAUUCCACAGAGCGACUGCCCCAGUCCUUCCUUUGGUGUCAGGCUCUGCCACACUAAAUGUGCUGCCCUUGCUUCCUCCUGGCAAACAUCUGUCUUUAUGAGUUCAUGAUUAGACAAUGUGGAAUUACAUAACCGACACUGCACUAAAAGUUAUGUGAUUGAUGCAUUUAUGCAUGAGAACUAAAUAGGAUUUUAGAUUCCUCCUUAAACAAAAAACUUUCCACGACAGUAGCUUCCUGAGGAGACAAUGUACUCACACAAUAGCAGCAACAACAGCAAAGCAACAACAACGCAUGCUCAGUAUUGAGACACUGUCAAGAUUAAGUUUUACCAGCAAAACUGCAGUCGUGUCCCUUUCUGUUACUGUAUAGACGUAUUCAUCAUAAUCAUCCUUUUUUUAAAAAAAAAUGAAUUUUAAAAAAAGAUGGAUUUCACAUACCAUUUAAUCACUUCCAGAAACAUUUACCGUAUAUACUCGAGUAUAAGCUGACCUGAAUAUCAGCCGAGGCACCUAAUUUUACCACAAAAACUGCAUUUAAAAAUGUGCUGAAGAACUCGGCUUAUACACGAGUAUAUACAGUACUUUGGCUGAAACUAUGUCAAAUGGAUGUAAUAUAAGGUUUGUUUCCUGCUUUUGAAGGCUCUGUUUGAAAGAGGCAAUCUUGCUAUGGAGCAGUGUGGAGAUGUAAAUUUUAUCAGGCUGACUCUUAUUAAUUGCCAUUUCCCCUGUGGUUUGUUAUCAGUACAAUUCUCUGUUGCUUAAUCUAGAGCUAUGCACACCAAAUUGCUGAGAUGUUUAGUCGCUGAUAAAGAAACCUAAAAAAAAUAAUAUAAUGAAUGAAAUAUAGAUAAACUGUGAGAUGAAUAUCAUUACAGCAUGUGAUAUUAAAUUCCUCCUGUCUCCUCUGUCUGUGAAGUGAUUGACAUUUUGUAGCUAGUUUAAAAUUAUUAAAAAUUAUAGACCCCA